AACACGCGGCCGCUAUCGCAGCAGCGAGCCAGGGCAGGCCCGGCGCCCAGGGUGGGUCACGUGACCUGAGACGCCUCCCCCAGGUUGGCGGGGGGAACACGUGUUGCGGGAAAUAAGUGUGGCGCGGCGGCGGGCGCGCGGCUCAGACCGUCAGCACUCUCCAGCCAUGGCAGACAUGCUGCGCUACCUGUACGCCUACCCUGAGGAGCAGCACCACCACCUGCAGCACUUCUACCCGCCGUCGCCGCCCAACUCGGUCAACUCGAUCGAGACGCCGCGGCCGAAAAUGCUGCUGGACACCUUCUCGGACGGCUGCCACACGCCGAGUCCGGCCAGCUACCGCUCGGUCAGCCCCCUGAGCGAGGACCUCGACCUGCCGAAGAAAAUGCAGUACACACCUCUGUUGCCGCCGGUGUCCACCCUGAAGGACCCGCGAAAACUGUCCCAGCAGCUGCCCAGCCAGCUCGAGCAACCUCUCUUCGAGCAAAUGCCCGUCGACGACGAGGACGAGCUGGACGACGAAGACUCGGAAGACGACGACGACCUGUCCGGUGACGAGAAGCGGUCCUCCAAGGGCAAGAGACGCUCGUCCAAGGUGGUCAGUCCGGUGGUGAUGAAGAAGCGGCGGCUCGCGGCCAACGCCAGGGAGCGCCGCCGAAUGCUCAACCUGAACAACGCGUUCGAUCGGCUGAGGACCGUCUUGCCGUCCCUUGGCAACGACCGGCAGCUCUCCAAGUACGAGACCCUGCAGAUGGCCCAGAGCUACAUCAACGCCUUGUACGAACUGAUCCAGUAAGUUCGACGCCUGAUUUCAGACAGACUGAUUUAAUUUAUUUUUGCGAGUGAUAUCCGCGAGAAAAUCGUACUCUCAAGUUUUUUGCUCCUAAAUGAUUUUUCUUCGCAGUUGCCUUUUAUAUACAUAUUUAAAUACGAAUGUUUGAUGUGUGCGAGUGAAUGACCUGCAAAACUGCUGUGCAUCUUGACAAUAAUCUCAUUUUACAUGUAUUAUAAUGUGCCAUAACUCAGUCAAUUUUGUAUAUUGUGUAAAAAAAUGAUACUCAGAGAUGAAAAAUAUAAGUCCUUGCUCAGUGCUUUCCUGCCAUUAAUGUUUAAGGAAUAUAAUAAAAGAAAAAUAAUUAUA